ACACGUUUACAGCCCAAACCCCAUUUGAUCUCAUCUCUCAACCUUCAUCUUUAACACCUUCACUUCUACUAUUUUCCUUCAAAUCUCACAAAUGGCUACUCCCUCAUCCACCUUAACUCUCUUUUUCACCUUCACAAUCCUCUUCUUCACUCUCAUUAACGCUUCCUUUACUCCCCUAAAUCACUACCUCAUUAACUGUGGGUCCCAUGAAUCCACCACCGUUGACUUUGACCACCGCCACUUCACCGGUGACUCAACGACGUCGUUACUCACCUCAACAGGAACAGUUUCGCUUGCUGAUGCAAACCCAAACCCUAAACUUUCACCAAUCUACCACACGGCGCGUGUCUUCACGCGCCCCUCUAAGUACAGGUUUGUAAUCAAGAACCAGGGUAAUCACUUGGUGCGUCUGCAUUUUAGGAGAUUAAGUGGUGAUUUUGAUUUUGGGAAUGCUAAAUUUCAUGUCUUGGCUAAUGGGUUUGUGUUGUUUAAUAGUUUGAGUGUGGAUAUGGGGUUGGGUUUUGAGGUAAUUAAGGAUUAUGUUAUUGGGGUUGAUUCUGAUGUUCUUGUUAUAACGUUUGUGCCCAGCGAGAAAGAGAAAUUUGCGUUUGUUAAUGCUAUUGAGGUUAUUUCUGCUCCUAAUGAUUUGAUUGCUGAUGUUGCUCAGUAUGUUAGUUUUGAUAAGAAUGAGCAAAUUAAUGGAUUGUUGAAGAAUGGAUAUGAAACUAUGUAUAGGAUUAAUGUUGGUGGUUGGAAAGUUACACCUUUUAAUGAUUCGUUGUGGAGAACUUGGGUUACUGAUGAUGAGUAUCUUAAGUCUAAUGAUGGGUUGUCGAAGGUUCACUUUCCUGGCCGUAUACACUAUUUAAAGGGCGGGGCAAGUAGAGAGGUUGGUCCUGAUAAUGUUUAUAAGUCUGCUCGAGUUAUUAGGAGUUUGGGUAAUUCAAUCCCUGAGUUGAAUAUGACGUGGACAUUUCCGGUGAUUGGAGGGUAUAAGUACUUGGUUAGGAUGCACUUCUGUGAUAUAGCUAGUGUUGCACGUGGUAUGCUAGUUUUCAAUGUUUAUGUGAACAACAAUUUGGCCUACGAAAACUUGGACCUUACUGAAAUGACAAAUAGGAUGCUGGCUUCCCCUUUCUAUGCUGAUUUUGUCGUUGAUGGAGAUAGUUAUGGUGUUUUGACUUUGAGUGUUGGGCCUUCGAAUAUAAGUCGUACACGUGCUGUAGAUGCCAUUCUUAAUGGGGUUGAGAUCAUGAAGAUUAAUAAUUCUGUGGGUAGUUUUGAUGGUGAGAUCUGUGCGCAUGCUGUCUUGAAGAGUUGGAAGAGGGGAAAUGGUAACGUCGUAUAUCCUAUGCUAGCUGCCUUCUUCUUGCUGAUGAUAGCGUUUGUGAUUAUGCAUCGGAGAAGAACUGGGGUUACAGAGUCUGUGGCAUGGUGGAGGUUACCCACGGAAAUUCCUGAAGUUAAUCUGAAAUAUGGCAACCAACUGUCAUCUAAUAAGCUGUGAUGUUUCUGAAAUAAGAUUAAGAUGAUGGCUUAAUUUACACUACUUUGAAACUGCUAGGGGUGCCUUUAGCACAUAGUUUCAGUUGUCUUGUACUGUAAGUAUUCAUAUUUAUGUAAUUAAAAGCAAAUAGUAGCUGUUCUAACAGGAUUGCUUUUUUGAUUUC